CGAAGAGGCACAAUGUAAAUUCAGAGUAUUCUUUGAAGAUACUGGAGAGGGAGGGUUAGAAUGCACUCGGACAUGCAGUAACGGAUAUGUGUUUGGAAUUGGAGUCACAUCAAGGACAUUCAUCUGCAGUUCCCCUAAUACUUGGAACUUUGCCCAAGCGGACCCAGCAGAUCGUUAUUGUCUCCGUGAUUGGUGAGCUCAGUACCUUUGAAAACAACAUUCAGUCAUCGUGCAAUAGAAACUGGGAUGCACAAGUCGUUACAGUAAAUUUGCUUCAAACAGCCAAGUUUUCCGCGACGUUGAAAUUGACUCUGCUAUCGUCGGCAACAACCAUUGAGAAAAAGAACUGUUUGGAUAUUAUACGUAAUAACUCUGCGUUGUUUAAUUUCGGGAAUACGUACUUGCAAUGCGGUACAUUUACCGCUGCAAUAAGUGUUGCUACAACUUCUACCGGGGAUAUAGAGGUUACCUGCCGACAGAGCUAUCACUUCAAAGUGACAAGUGCUGACCUAGCUGUCGACUUUUGCGUUCCAUGCGGUCCAGGUCUGUUCUACAGUUCUUCAUCACAAUCUUGUGAAGCCUGCCCUGAUGACCACUACAACGGAAACAUCAUGCAGACAACUUGCCUAUCAUGCAACAGUGGUUCAUAUCCGAACGCAGCUAGAACCAACUGUCAAUAUAACUGCCCAGCUGGAUAUAUAUCAACCGAUGGAUUUUAUCCCUGUACACCAUGCGCAGCUGACUCUUAUUCAUCGAAUACAACAACAUGCGCAAAAUGUCCGAACGGAGGGUCGACAGUCGGAGUGCCAGCUGCCUCGUCUGUGUCGCAGUGCUACAACCCUUGCCCGAAAGGAGAGUAUUCUAUAUCUGGCUUCAGGAACACACAAUGCAACCCAUGUCCCCUACACCAUUUCCAACCUUUCAAUGGGAUGACGUAUUGUGAUCCAUGUCCUUCCUCUGCUAUGACAUCACAAACGGGAGGCGUACAUGAUUCGUUUUGUGUACCUAUAGAAGAUUGUAAUAGUACUUACUGUAACGCCAGAGGGACGUGUGAAACAGCUUUUGGGCGGAAAAACUGUCAGUGCGAUGUAGGAUACUACGGCGAUCAAUGUGAAAAGAUAAUUCAUAUCUGCAACGGAAAUCCUUGCACAAAUGGCGGUACUUGUGUCUAUGGAGACGGGCAACUGGACUAUACUUGCAAUUGUGUGACAGAUUAUGAUAGAUGUGUAAUGGAAACAAAAGCUGAACGGAUGGGUGGCAAUAAAACUGGUGAAAUAGAUUACCAACAAGUUCAAGAUAAGGCCGCUUGCGAACUACUUUGCCUAAAUAACGAUGAUUGCAUAGAGGCGACGUUUUUCACUUCAAUUUCCGGUAGUUUUAUAUGUAGACUUUUCAACACAGAAGCCUAUUUACAAUCCGCAUUCGUUGCAGGAACUGUUCACAUGGCAAAACGCUGCACAAAAGGAUUCACAGGCAACAAUUGUGAGGUUGACAACGUGGACAACUGCAUCGACUCUAAGUGUCAUGAAACCUCACGAUGUGUUGACAAAAUCAACGAUUAUGAGUGCAUUUGCUCCUCAUCUAAAGGGUUCGCUGGCAAAUAUUGUGCAACUCCGAAAAUUCCGUGUGAUGCAUCGCCAUGCCAAAAUGGAUCAUGCAUAAAUGUUGACAAUAUUCGAUAUGAAUGCACUUGCCAGGACGGGUAUGAUGGAAUCAACUGUGACAAUAAUAUUAUUUCAGAUAAAGCGAAAAGCAGCUCUGCUAUUAUCAUAGGUGCAUCUGUCUCUGGUGGACUAACAUUGCUUACUGUCGUAGCCUUCUUUAUUUACCGACACAGAAAAAGAGGCAGCAGGUUACAUCAAGAAGAACGUUCUGGCAGGAAUGAUAUUGCUCAUCCAAGAAAAGUAUUUGAUAUAACGCUUGACAGAGAAACAGACAUAUCGAAUACUGAAGACGGAUAUGAAGCGAUACCUGCGGAUUUUAACUGUUAUAUUAAUCUAAAAGUAGAUCAAUCACCUGCUGGACCUUUCGAAGACACAGUUCAAAAUGUUGAUUCUGUGUCUUCAGAAAGAAAUGUAUACAACCAACUUGACGUGGAUCGUUUGAAAGACAGGGCAAAAGAGUAUCAGCAGCUCAACUUGAAAGAUCACCAUGACUAUCUUGUCCCUAUGCGAACGGAGAAAAUUAGCAACAUAAACACAUCAAAUUUGUAAACUUACUAGGCAUUACCAUGGUUACCAACGAUAGCCAUCAAACGAAUAACAUGUGCAAGAACCAUACGGAACAUGCUCCGACAGUAACAUUGUAUUAUUAUCGUAUGACUUUCGCUUAGAAUUCAUAAGUUUUUUUAAUGUAAAAUACGCUCUGUUAAUUUAGGUUUUUACUUUCGAGCUAGAUUAAUUUCAAGACGUGUGUUGACAUGAUCAUGGCAUAUCUUUCAAUAGAUAAAACAUA